UAUGACUUUAACUUACGGUGAAAAUAGGUCUUAAAGAACUAACAGGUGUUACACUAUUUUACCGGUAGUUUUGUAAAGAGUACUGGAUUUUGUUGCUCCCCUCAUAAAUGUUAUUUGUAAUGUUAUUGAGUUAAUAAAUAUGACACGAGUUACAUUUUUACAUCCGGAUCUUGGUAUUGGAGGAGCAGAAAGAUUGGUAGUUGAUGCUGCAUUAUCCUUAAAAAAACAAGGUUAUGAGGUUAAUUUCGUGACAACUCAUCACGAUCCGGUACACUGUUUCUCUGAAACAAAAGAUGGAACAAUUCCUGUUACAGUUGUAGGAGAUUGGUUGCCCAGACAUAUCUUGGGCAGAUUUUUUGCAUUAUUUGCUUAUAUUCGUAUGAUAUAUGCAGCUAGCUAUAUCAUUUUUUCUGGAAACAGACCUGACGUUGUAUUCUGUGAUCUGGUAUCUGUGUGUAUUCCUAUUCUUCGAUUACGAAUUCCAUAUAUAAUUUUUUAUUGUCAUUAUCCAGAUCAAUUGCUUUCACAGCGAGAAGGAUUUAGUAAACAAUUGUAUCGUAUACCUCUUAAUUAUCUGGAAGAAAUAACAACUGGAAUGGCACAUAAAAUACUUGUAAAUAGCCUAUAUACACGUUCAGUGUUUAAAGACACUUUUAAGAGAUUAACUAUUGAACCUGAAAUUUUACAUCCCUCUAUCAACACAGACUACUUUGAUAAAGCCCGAAUAGUAUCUUUAGAGAGAGUACUUGACAAAAAGUUACCAGUAGAUAGUAUUAUAUUAUUGUCUAUCAAUAGAUAUGAACGUAAAAAAAAUUUAGGACUAGCAAUAGAAGUAUUGGCAGAGCUUCAAAAAUAUUUAACAGAAGAACAAUACAAAAAAGUAUAUUUAAUUAUGGCUGGUGGAUAUGAUAAAAGAGUUGAAGAAAAUGUAGAACAUUAUUUGGAAUUAAUAGGGCUUGCUGAUGAAUUAAAUGUUACAGAUAAAGUAAUAUUUCUUCGUUCCCCUUCAGAUCUUGAUAAAGUAUCUAUUUUAUAUCAUUGUACGGUUUUAUUAUAUACACCCCAAAAUGAACAUUUUGGUAUUGUACCACUUGAAGCAAUGUAUAUGAAUAAACCAGUAAUUGCACAUAAUUCUGGUGGUCCAAAAGAAUCUGUUGUUUCUGGAGUUACUGGGUUUUUAGUUGAUUUAUCUAGUAAUGCAUUUGCUCUGAAGAUAGCUGAUUUGAUUAAAAAUCCAGAAUAUGUUCAGCAAUUUGGUGAUGCAGGCAAAGUUAGAUUUAUGGAAAUUUUUAGUUUUGCUGCAUUUAGUGCUAAAUUAAACAAAACAAUUGAAGAUCUAAUUAACAAAAAGAAAGUAAAAUAAUAUUAUAAUCAUUGAUUUGCAAAUAAAUAAUAAGGAAUUAUUAAAAAAAGAAUAAGAAUCUAUGAACUUCAAUUUGUUAAUAAGAUGUAUUGCAAUAUUUUUAUCAUAUUUUUAAUAUACGAAUUUUAUAAAUUAAUUACA